CCUCGAGGCUGCUGCUUCCUUUUAUUCCCCGUAAAGUGUAAACCAAAUCUACAUAUAUAGGUGCCUCAUUCUCGUUCAAGACCAAAUUUCCAACACUACAUUUGUCAAUCUCAAUAUCUCCUUGUCAUAUAAGUUCUAAAGUGAGAUCUAAGAUUUCCUCAAAAAAGAUACCUUUCCAAAUCCCGUUAUUGGACUCCCGUUAAUAUUAAGGACGGGGCAGAAUUUCAUCGUCAAAGCAAAGGGAAAAUCCUUAUUUCUUUUUACAGACAUAUGCCUUUGAAUUAGCACAAUUAUUGGUAGCAUUAUAGCGCCAUUCACCAUGUCUUCAUUUGUCCCCGUUCCACGAAACUCCAAUAGAUACUCUGCAUCUUGGUUAUUCUCCGUCAACCCUCACCACUAGAUCACGUUGUAUCUCUAACCAAAAACACAAUAACGGCUCCGUUAAGGACGUCCAAUUCAAAAACAACGAAAUGAAAGACGACAAUAAAAUUUCCGACAUGAAGAAGAGACCAUCCUCAGAUUUGGAUGAUUCAGGGUGGUUGAAUAAUGCAUUUUUCAUGAGAUUGACAGCUAGGGAUGUAUUCAAUGUGGUGAAGUACCAUCCCAUACCGUGCAUCUUCGCGACCUCGCUGUUCUUCUUCAUGGGCGUGGAAUACACUCUUCGUAUGGUCCCAUCUUCAUCCCCGCCUUUUGAUCUGGGAUUCAUCGCUACACGUCGCAUUCAUCGUUUGCUUGAUUCUAAACCUGCUCUCAAUACUCUUCUUGCUGGCCUUAACACGGUGUUCGUGGGGAUGCAAAUGGUGUAUAUAGUAUGGGCUUUCUUAAUUGAAGGGCGGCCACGAGCGACUAUUGCAACUCUGUUCAUGUUCACAUGCAGAGGCAUUCUUGGAUAUGCUACACAGCUGCCAUUACCAGAGGAUUUCUUGGGGUCAGGCGCUGAUUUUCCAGUAGGAAAUGUGUCGUUUUUCUUGUUCUAUUCGGGGCACGUUGCAGCAUCUGUGAUCGCGUCUCUGGAUAUGAAGCGUAUGCAGAGAUGGAAAUUGUCUUAUUUAUUUGACACAUUGAACGUAUUGCAAACGAUCAGAUUGCUGAGCACCAGGGGUCAUUACACUAUUGAUUUGGCUGUUGGAGUUGGUGCUGGAAUUUUAUUUGAUUCUUUUUCUGGAAAGUACGAGGAGAAUAGAAAAAAGGAACUGCUUGCAGAUAGUCCUAAUGGCACCACUAAUGGUGCGUUUCAUAACUCAAAACUGCACGAAAAUAGUGAAUACUUAAGUGUUGCUUCAGAUUAAAAACUCUUGAAGCCACUAUGCUCAUUGAUUUCAUUUUUUCAACUGUAAAGAAAACUUUGACACAGUGUGUUAAUAGAUUUCAAUUUCACGAGUUAUCUGCACGUAUUGAUCAAACGUCCUAGAAAAUAUUCAACUAUGAACGCAGUGUGCAUAACAAGGGGCGUUUCAAAAGCAUAGUCAACCAAACAAGUUACAGCAAAUAGAAGAAAUCUGUAAGUCACAGAUUUUCUGCUAAAACAUUCUACAUCAAAGUUUAAUACAGAUUAGCAUAUCACGACAGAAACAAAUACAUACAAAUAAAAGAUGCUAGUAUUGCAGUCCUGGAAACUAGACACUAAACUACAACAGAUUACUAUUACAAUAAUCAAAUUGAAUCCAAAAGUCAGUAAAACAUGUAAACAGGAUAUGUCCUAAGGGUGAUUCGGGUGAUACAUCAGCAGCUAAUAGGUGCAGGUGACUGAUGCUGCUGGGAAUGAGCCAGCUUUGGUUGGCUGAUCUUGUCAUUUCCCAUAACCAAAUCAGCUCCUUUCAUUUCUUUCUCCUCCUCUUUCGGCCUAUUUUCUCCAUCAUUCCCAUGGGCAUCCUCAGAUUCCCCACCAACAGCAAGUUCUGCGUGGUUGGAACUUCCUCCUACUGUGGCAUUGGUCCCUUCCAUGGCAAUUUCUUCUGGCUUGUGCUCAUUUACAUCAGCUGCAGGACUAUCUUUAUCAUUUUGAGGCUGCAGCUUUUCUCCAGAUACUUGUUUUUCCUCAAUUUCUGCAUUUUCUGACUUGUUCUGUUUUCCAUCAUCAGCAUUGUGAACUUUCUCAGAUUCGGACUCUGGCUUCUCCCCAGUGUGUUCGUCUUCUUGUGCAGCUUCCACCUCUGUCUUCCCCUUGUCCUCUGUUUCAGUUUCUUCAUUUUCGGACUUGUCCUGCUUGCCCUCAUCAGCACUGUGAAAUUCCUCAGAUUCAGACUCUGGUUUCUCCGCAGGGGCCACUUCAGCGCCCUCUAUGGGCUCAUCUUCUUUCGUAGCUUCCACAUCUUUCUUCCCCUUGUCCUCCAUUUCAGCUUCUGCUUCUCCGUCUUUCUUCUCCGAAUUUUCAUUUUCUUCUUUGGUAGAUUCCCUCUCUUUCAUUUCUGAACUUUCCUUUUCAGCUUUUCCA